GAUCCAGUAAUGGUGUGAAGCUCUAUCUCUAUCUCUGUUUCUUCUCUUUCUCUGCCAUUAAUGGUUCUUCUUCUAACCGGAGCUCCGGCGACAUCAAGAACAUAAGAAGAUCAAACUUUCCAGAUGGCUUCUUCUUUGGAACAUCCACUUCUGCAUAUCAAAUCGAGGGAGCAUUUGUUGAGGAUGGUAAAAGUCUGAGUAACUGGGAUGUUUUUACCCACAGUAAAGGGCCCCACAACAAAGAUGCUACAGGAGAUGUUGCAGACAAUCACUACCACCUCUAUUCGGAUGACAUUGAAAUAAUGCAUUCUCUUGGAAUCAAUGCAUAUAGAUUCUCUAUUUCAUGGUCCAGAAUCCUACCUAGGGGUAGAUUAGGUGAAGUUAAUCCAAAGGGUGUUGAGUUCUACAACAAAAUCAUCGACGCACUCUUGCUAAAGGGAAUUGAGCCUUUUGUGACCAUUAACCACAGCGAUUUUCCCCAAGAGCUAGAAGAUAAAUACGGCUCUUGGCUUAGUCCUCUUAUGCAGGAUGAUUUUGUUUACUUCGCUGAAACGUGUUUUAAAACAUUCGGUGAUAGAGUGAAGUAUUGGAUAACACUAAACGAGCCAAAUUUGGUUGCACAAGUUGGUUACAUGAAGGGUAAAUGGCCUCCAAGUCGUUGUUCAUACCCUUUUGGUAAUUGCUCAUUCGGUAACUCUCAAAUUGAGCCAUUACUCGUUAUGCACAACAUGUUGUUGGCACACGCGAAGGCUGCGUAUCUCUAUCGCGACACAUUCCAACAAAAUCAAGGCGGAGUAAUAGGGAUGACUGUGUUAGCAAUGAUGUAUGAACCAAUGAGGGAUGAAAAUGACCUUGACCAUAAAGCUGCAAGAAGGGCUUUGGCUUUUAAUCUUGCCUGGGUUUAUGACCCCUUGAUAUUUGGAGAUUACCCUCCAGAGAUGAGGGAAUAUCAUAGGGAGGAACUGCCAGAAUUUUCUAUAGAGGAAAAAUUACUUCUCAAAAGAAGCAUUGAUUUCAUUGGCAUUAACCAUUACUCAACUCUCUAUGCCAAAGAUUGUAUCUUUUCUACUUGUCUCAAUGGAAACACCUUAAUCGAGGGAUUUACCUUCACCUCCGGAUACAAUAUUGAUACUGGCUCCCCUAUCGGAGAACCGACAGCAAUGGCCAGAUUCUUUGUGGUUCCAAGAGGCAUGGAAGAGAUAAUUGAGUAUAUUAAGGAGAGAUACAAUAAUAACAAGCCCAUAUUUGUGCUUGAGAAUGGAUAUGCCCAAUCAUUGCAAAACACAAAUGUAGAAGAUUCAAUUGAGGAUGUGAAAAGGGUUGAAUUUCACAAAGAAUAUCUUGAUUCAUUGGCUAAAGCUAUAAGGAAUGGCGCGGAUGUGAGAGGCUAUUUUAUAUGGAGUUUGAUGGAUAACUUUGAAUGGGCGCUAGAAUACAACAUUGCAUUCGGCCUUUAUUAUGUUGAUCGUCAAACUCUGCAAAGGAUUCCGAGACUUUCUGCAAAAUGGUACAAAGAUUUUCUUACCAAUAAUACUCUACAUUCAGUUACAAUAAAACAAAUGAAGGAGAGUUUCUUAGGAAACAAUUUAUUGUUCCUUUAACCAGAUCAAUGCACAUUAGCCAAUAAUGUACGUAGCAUUCCUUUAUUGUUCUAUUUUGAAGGGAGGAAGG